AUGGCCACUAUAGAAAGCAAUGCUAUUGCUACAGAUGACAAAGUAAAUGGUAAAGAAACAGUAGCAGUAGAAGAACAGGAUAAAAAAUCAACUCAGAAUAACACUCCAAAGACUACACCCGAAACCCACUCUGUUCCUACUUCUCCGCCUUAUCCACCCUAUGGCUAUGAUCUGUCUGGUGAUCCCGUCAGCUUAACCUAUGUUUAUCCGCUUAGCCCUCAAUUUUCGGUUCAAUAUUAUCCUGAUUAUGCUAGUUAUCCAGGUUCACCCUCAUUAUCACCUUCUAUGAACCCAACAAGCCCACCCUUCAGCCCAACCUUUCAAUACCAGCAAGUGGCACUUUCUCCUCCCACCGCUUAUAUGCUCCCUCCUCACUCAGCUCAACCGUUUCCUCCACUUCAUUUAGCUUCACCCGUUUUAAGCACAACUCCUAUUCCUGGGUCCCCUCCUCAUCAAUACCUUCCUGGCCCAUAUAUCAUUUCCGCUGCUGACAACAGAAAUAGUAAAAGAAAACAUCAAAAACAAGAUUUACAGCAACACUUGGAAUCUGACAUAAAUGCAUACCAUACACAUAAUAUCUAUGUACGUGGAUUACCUUCAUCAACAACAGAUGAAUCCUUUUUAGAAAUGUGCCAAGCAUAUGGAACAGUGUCUUCUUCGAAAGCUAUCAUUGACCAAAAGACGGGUGAAUGUAAAGGCUAUGGCUUUGCCAUGUUUGAACAUGAAAAAGAUUGUGAAGAAGCGAUUGAAGGGUUAAACAAGUCCGGAUUUCAAGCAUCUUAUGCUAAAGUUGGACAAGAGUCCUUUAGUUCACGACUUCGACAUCUUCAAGAUGAAACAUCAACAAACAUCUACAUCUCCAAUUUACCCUUAGAUAUUACGGAACAGAAACUGGAGGAAUUGUUUUUACCCAAUCAAACUGUAUCGAGCCGUAUAUUACGAGACCCACAGUCAGGUAUUAGUCGAGGCGUAGGAUUUGCUAGAAUGACGGAUCGGGAGGCCGCGGUUGCCAUUAUUGAAAAAUUUAAUGGUCAUGUCAUCGAAGGUUCAUCCGCCCCAUUGCAGGUGCGAUUUGCUGACUCACCUGCACAAAAGAAGCUAAAAAGUCAAUCAGCCGCCCGUAGACGAAUGGUUAGACCUCAACCCAUUGCUGGGUUUUCUGUGAGACCUUUGAUGCCGAUUACACCAGAGACCAUGCUUGGUUUUGCUCCUGCACCUACUCAACCCUAUUAUACUGAACACCACCAUUUAAUUCAUCCACAGUAA